UACAAAGACCAGUGCUUCUGUGGUUUGAAUCACAAGACAAGAGAUUAAACAACAACAACUUACACUCUGUACUCACAUUUAGAUCCGUUCCUAACACCUGCUUCUCCUUUUUAUCUCCUGCAGACUAUAGCACCUACAGUCAGGCUGCAGCCCAGCAAAGCUAUGCUGCCUACGCGGCUCAGCCAGCUCAAGGGUAUGCCCAGACCACUCAGCAGGCCUACGGGCAGCAAAGCUAUGGGACCUAUGGGCAACCCACCGAUGUCAACUACACCCAGGCACAGACCACUGCUACUUAUGGGCAGACCGCCUACGCAGGCUCUUAUGGGCAGCCUCCAGCCGUAGAAGGGACCAGCACAGGUUACACCGCUCCGGCUGCCCCUCAGGCUUACAGCCAACCCACCCAAGGAUACGGCACCACCGCCUACGACACGACCACCGCCACCGCCACCACGACCCAGGCGUCGUACGCAGCUCCCUCCACUUAUGGCACCCAGCCAGCCUACCCGACCUACGGGCAGCAGCCGGCGACGACCGCCCCUGCAAGACCUCAGGAUGGUACCAAGCCUGCAGAGACCAACCAGGCCCAGUCCAGCACCACCGGCUAUAGCCAACCCAGCCUAGGAUACGGGCAGAGUAACUACAGCUACCAGGUCCCUGGAAGUUACCCCAUGCAGCAAGUUACUGCGCCUCCUUCCUAUCCUCCUACUAGCUACUCCUCUUCGCAGCCGAGCAGCUACGACCAGAGCAGUUACUCUCAGCAGAGCAGCUACGGCCAGCAGAGUGGCUACGGCCAGCAGAGUGGCUAUGGGCAACAAAGCAGCUACAGCCAGCAGCCCCCCACUAGCUACCCACCACCGACCGGAUCCUACAGCCAGACCCCAAGCCAGUACAGCCAGCAGAGCAGCAGCUAUGGGCAACCAAGCUCCUUCCGCCAGGACCACCCCAGCAGCAUGGGCAUCUAUGGCCAGGACUCGGGGGGCUUUACAGGACCAGGGGAAAGCCGGAGCUUGAGCGGCCCCGAUAGCCGGGGCAGAGGACGAGGGGGAUUCGACCGCGGAGGCGUGAACAGAGGAGGCCGGGGAGGCGGAGGAGGUGGUCGCGGUGGAAUGGGCAGCGCUGGAGAACGAGGUGGCUUCAAUAAGCCUGGUGGACACCUGGACGAAGGGCCAGACCUUGACCUAGGACCACCUCUAGACCUAGAUGACGAUGCCGACAGCAGCUCCGUCUACGUUCAGGGCUUGACCGACAACGUAACCCUGGAGGAGCUGACCGACUUUUUCAAGCAGUGUGGGGUUGUCAAGAUGAAUAAGAGGACCGGACAGCCCAUGAUCACCAUUUACCUCGACAAGGACACCGGGAAGCCCAAGGGGGACGCCACCGUUUGCUACGAUGACCCGCCAACGGCCAAAGCGGCUGUCGAAUGGCUGGAUGGGAAGGACUUCCAAGGAAGCAAACUCAAAGUCUCUCUCCCUCGGAAGAAGAUGCCACUGAACAGCAUGCGCGGAGGACUGCCACCCCGGGAGCCACGUGGCAUGCCGCCCCCUCUCCGUGGAGGUCCAGGGGGACCUGGCGGCCCUGGCGGUCCCAUGGGGCGCAUGGGGGGCCGUGGUGGAGACCGUGGCGGCGGUGGCGGUGGCUUCGCCCCAAGAGGACCACGGGGCUCCAGGGGAAACCCUUCCGGAGGAGGAAACGUCCAGCAUAGAGCGGGGGACUGGCAGUGCCCCAACCCGGGAUGUGGCAACCAGAACUUCGCAUGGAGGACAGAGUGCAACCAAUGCAAGGCUCCCAAACCCGAGGGCUUCCUCCCGCCGCCCUUCCCGCCUCCAGGUGGAGACCGCGGCAGGGGCGGCCCCGGAGGCAUGCGUGGAGGGCGAGGAGGACUCAUGGACCGCGGGGGACCCGGGGGGAUGUUCCGCGGUGGACGCGGCGGAGACAGAGGUGGUUUCCGGGGAGGACGCGGCAUGGACAGAGGUGGCUUCGGAGGUGGCCGUCGCGGCGGACCCGGGGGGCCACCCGGACCUUUGAUGGAGCAGAUGGGAGGACGCGGUGGACGGCGUGGCGGACUGGGGAAAAUCGACAAGGGAGAGCACCGCCAAGAUCGCAGAGACCGGCCCUACUAAGCGCGGAACGCCGCCGAACCGCAACACCGCCGCCGUCAAGACUGCAUUUACUACCAGAUUUAUUUUUUAAACCAGAAUUUAAAAGAACGUUUUAAAUUUAUAAUUCCAUAUUUAAUAAUGUUGGACCCGCAACAUUACGAGGAUCCCCUCAUCUGUAUGACUUUUAGUAUUUUUCACCGUUUUUCGCGGAGAGGAGGCAUUAAAGUCGGAAGUUAAAUGGUAGUUUGCCGAGUUGUUGUUCUUUUUUAUUAUUAUUGUUAUUACUUUCUGUCGUUCCUUUUUGAAAAUGUUCGUUGGGCCGAGAAAAACCCCAUGUGUUGUGAGCAUGCCGAGUUUAUUAAAGAUCUGUGCAGAAAGACCUGGAGGGCAGGAAGGCUCCCUGUAACAAGCGCCGCCACCGUUGAUGGUUGUGAUGUUUCUUUUUAAAAAAAUAAAACUUCCCGGUGUUUAUAAACUCA